GAGAAACCCUUUUCUAGUCACUCUAUACCUAACAAUUCCAUUAUUUUGUCUCCGAGCGUAUAGAAAAGAGAAGGAGAGCGCAACCUUCGAGCCUCUCACGUACAUGACGCAUGGCAUGUCCAGAUUCUCCUCUGUUGAUGAAGCUCGUGAGCUUCAUUAUAUUAGCUUUCUUAGUCACUAAUUUGAACUCGCAAACGCAAUGCAAAAAUUUCAGAUCGAUCAUUAGUUUUGGAGAUUCGAUUGCUGAUACCGAAAACUUGCUCAGUCUCUCGGAUCCUAACGACCUUCCUGGUUCUGCGUUUCCGCCGUACGGAGAAUCCUUUCUCAACCACCCAACGGGCCGUUUCUCCGACGGCCGCCUCAUCAUUGAUUUCAUUGCUGAAUUCUUGGAUUUACCGCUUGUGCCUCCUUUUUAUGGAUCUCAACAUGCAAGUUUUGAGAAAGGAGUUAAUUUCGCAGUGGCUGGAGCAACGGCACUGGAACCUUCCUUUCUUGAGAGGAGAGGAAUUCAUUCUUCUACCACCAACUUCAGUUUAGGCGUUCAGCUUAGGAGCUUCAAGGAGAGUUUGCAUUGCUUACGUGUCUCUCUUUCAGAUUGUAUAGAUAUGAUUGAAAAUGCUCUGAUUCUCAUGGGAGAGAUUGGAGGAAAUGAUUAUAAUUUCGCACUCUUCCAACGCAAAGCCAUUGAGGAAGUGAAAGAGCUUGUCCCGCGUGUGAUCGCUACUAUUUCUUCUGCAACAACGGAGUUGGUCCGUAUGGGAGGAAGAACAUUCCUAGUUCCUGGAAAUUUCCCGCUCGGAUGCUCAGCAGCCUAUUUGACAUUAUAUCAAACAUCAAACAAGGAAGAGUAUGAUCCUCUAACGGGAUGUUUGACAUGGCUGAACGAUUUUGGAAAAUACCAUAGCGAGCAACUUCAGACAGAACUCAACAGACUCAAGAACUUGUACCCUAAUGUAAACAUCAUAUAUGCUGAUUAUUACAACGCUUUGUUGUGCCUUUACCAAGAACCAACCAAAUUCGGGUUUAUAAAAAGACCCUUGCCCGCUUGUUGCGGUUUAGGAGGGUUGUACAACUUCAACUUUACCAGAAAAUGUGGGAGUCUAGGAGUUGAAUCAUGUAAUGAUCCUUCAAAGUAUGUGAAUUGGGAUGGCAUUCAUAUGACUGAGGCUGCAUACAGAUGGAUAUCUGAGGGCUUACUCAAUGGACCUUAUGCGAUUCCUCCAUUCAAUUGGUCUUGCCUUAACUCCAAGAUUAAGAAAAAGAAAUCAUUAGAUACUCUUGACUUAUUAUGAAUAGGUGAUACACGCUUGUCUGAAAGUUUGAGAGACGAGAGAAUGAGAAACAUGUCUGUUCUUAAUUAAGCGUUUGUGUUAGAUCAUGAUGUAUUGUAUUAUUUAAUUGUUUGUUUGGGAGAAAGUGGUUAAGUGUUAGUAUAGCUAAAUCAUGUUAUAUUUUUAGAGAGAUGGAAAGUGAAAUUAUUGGGGUGUUCUAUGUUCACAUUUCUCAACCAUUUCGAUUCUAAA